AUGCACGCGCCGGGCUCGGCGGGCCCGGGCGACGCGCGCGCGGUGGACAUCAUGGACAUAUGCGAGUCCAUCCUGGAGCGGCAGCGGCACGACAGCGAGCGGUCGGCGUGCAGCGUCCUGGAGCAGACCGACAUGGAGGCGGUGGAGGCGCUGGUGUGCAUGAGCUCCUGGGGCCAGCGCUCGCAGAAGGGGGAGCUGCUGCGGGUCAGGCCCCUCACCCCGGUCUCUGACGCCGGCGAUGGCGCCGUGUACGUGGAGGCGGUGGCCACGGAGCUCCCGAGGGACUUCCACUCUCUAGCGACGCUGUGCAUGACUCCUCCUCAGAGCCCGGAUCUCGCGGAGCCAUCGCCAGGGGUGCUUGUCUCUUCCCAAAUGACUGAGUCCAAAGCACCUGGGGGCUCGGCCAACACCCCCACCUCUGCCGGGACUUCCCGAGUGCUGGGCAGGGGGGCAGAAAGGGGCCUGCCCGGUGUGAAGCCCGAGCUGCUGGCGUCAGCGCCCGGUCCCUCCUGCAGGGCCGUGGUGACAAGUGUCAUCCGCCACACCGCAGGGAGUCCCGCUCCGCCCCACACCCCCACUUCUCUGGCUCAGGAGGACCAGCUGUCAGGCUCCAGAGAGGGAGGAGCACGGCUCCUGGGGCCGGCUGAGGCUUCGCAUGCCACACGCGCCGACAGCAUGCUCGCUGCCAACGUGGUGUCCCGCCGGCCUUACUCGCACCAGCCUGGCAGCCGGACCCCUGCCGACAAAGGCCAACAGCCAGGGUGGCCCCCUGCGGCACAGACCUGCUUACCAAAGAAUCAUGACAAUGACUUGGCGAGAAAAACCACUCCUCUAGUUUCUGUCCCUGUCCCUAGUCCCCCCGUCCUUUGCCAAAUGAUCCCCGUGACUGGGCGAAGUGGCAUGUUACCAACUUUCCUGAGACCCCCACCCCCGGUGUCUGCAGGGACUGUUAAACCCAUCCUCCCCCAGGCUGCGCCAGGGCCCCAGCCUCUGUUCGUGGGACCCUCCGUGCCUCAGGGAACCGUGAUGCUGCUGCUGCCCCAGGGCGCCCUCCCCCCGCCCGCCGCCUGCCCACCCAGCAUGCUGACUGCUGGAAGCCCCAAGUUACUGCCCCUCGCCCCUGCACCUGUCUUCAUCGCCUCGGGUCAACACUAUGCCCCUCAGGUAGACUUUUCGCGAAGGAGGAACUAUGUCUGCAACUUUCCAGGCUGCCGGAAAACGUACUUCAAAAGCUCCCACCUUAAGGCCCAUCUCCGCACCCACACCGGAGAGAAGCCUUUCAGCUGCAGCUGGGAUGGCUGUGAUAAAAAAUUUGCUCGUUCGGAUGAACUCUCGCGCCACCGCAGAACCCACACGGGCGAGAAGAAGUUCGUGUGCCCGGUGUGUGACCGGCGCUUCAUGCGCAGCGACCACCUGACCAAGCACGCCCGGCGCCACAUGACGACCAAGAAGAUCCCUGGCUGGCAGGCCGAGGUGGGCAAACUGAACAGAAUCGCGUCAGCAGAGAAGCCUGGAGGUGCCCUGGCCAGCACGCCCGCCGCCUCCUGAAAGGUCUGCCGAGGAGCUGCUUGGGAAUUUUUUAAAGCCUGCGGGAGUAGAAUGGAUGGUGCCCUCUCCACAAUCAAGGACGAUGUCUUGGGGGCUGGGGAAGGGAGAGCUGGUUCUGAUGAGAGUGUGUUACUUUUCUUUUUCGGUUAGGACCCUGCCCUGUGUCUUCUGUAGCUUCAGGAGUUUGAAGGUAACGGAAGGAAAUUUGAUCCUCUAAAUCACCAGCAUUGAGGCAGACAUUGCGGCAAUAAAGUUUACAAAAUCUGGGUUUUUACAACCUUUCUAUUCAUGUUUUGUAGAAAUGAGACAGGGUACUGAUUUUUAUACUGUUUUUUAUAAAAAUACAUUGUUGGUGCUUGCAUCACCAAUUUCUAGAUAGAUUUUACAAUCUUCUUUUCACGGUCUGAUAAUGUUUUUAUAGUAAUCUUGCUUUUAGUCAGCUUGAUGUGUCAUUCAGUCAAAAAAGUAAAGUCACAAGUUUGUGAGAUGAGGGUUUUUUUAGAAUCAGAACUGGCUGAGUAGGGGUCUCUUAAAGAAACGGGGGUGGCGGCUUCUUAACAUUUUCAAGAGGAAUUCCCGGCAGCUGUCCUCCUGCACUGUCGCCUGCGGCGUGCCAGGUGCAGUUAAGUAGAGCAGAGCGCGGUGUGAUCGUGAGGGCUGUGCCCAGAGGGGAACCUGGAAUGUUCACAGGUACCUGGGAGCAGGGACUUGGGUGGAACUCGAGUGCCUGUGUCUUUGGGGGCCAUUUUUCUGCUGAGAGCAAACGUCACGGUUUUCUGGUUGUACCUCAAAAAAGAGUGUGAGCACUUAGUCCGGCUCGGCCAUCUGCCAACUGCUUUGCUACGGCCUUAUCUGUAGUAUUUUGUGGAUCAGGUGACUUCUGGAGAAUAAGAUCUUGCUGACUGGAGGCCUCUCCCCGGCGUCCUGCAUGUCUGUCCAGCACGCCCCCUCACACUCAGUUCUCCGUGUGGCUGUGGGCCUCCACUGCCCUUGGGUUCGCUUCACCAGAAGGAAGCAGCAAAGGAAAAUGACCUAGAAUGGGGUGUGGUGCUGUCUACAUAGGGAGGAGACCCUGGACCCCCUCGGGAGCCACCCGGUGCCCAUCCUGCCUGGUUGGAGGCCAGGCAGGUCCUGGGCAGGGGCUGGGCGUCCAGGCGGCAACGUGGUGGAGACGGUGCGGGCCUGGAGGACUUAGAUUCUGGCUUUGCCUCUUCAUGGUUGGCAUUUACCUUUAUUAAAAUGGUGGUAAGGGGAGAGUGAGUGAGUACAGGUAGGCCUUUGUUCAGGUCUUUUAGUCUGAUGCACCCUCACCUGGUCACACGCUGUGUGUGACCUGGUGCUCAUGCCCGUGCUCUAAUGUGUCAGCUGGUUGGCAUAGUUGUCUCUGCGUGCUGGUGGCUGGUAGGAGGCUUCCCCGUCUUAGCGUAACGCGGAUGCAAGGAGCCCCGGUUCAGUGUGUGUAUAUAGCUCCUUUCCCCGCACCCCGCCUUUCCUCUCUGCGAAGAUCAGCUGAGCAGUCUAACCAUGUGUGUGCUAGAAAAAAAUGGCAACAGAUUGGGAUUUUUUUUUGAUUAUGCAGAAUAGUGGGAGUCGUCCUCGUGUCCCCUUGGCGGGCACAGGCCUUCGAGUGUCCGUUACUUCUCCAGAGAGCGCUCCCUUGUCCGAGCAGCGCUGCUUCUGAAGACCGAGGUGUGUUCCACAUGACUCACAUUCACAUUUCGUCGCCUGAUUAGAAUUAGAAAUGCCUUCUGUCAUCAGCUCUUUUUUGCCUUCUGUUUGUCGAUUGAAAGAUUGUAAGCUGGGGAACAGUUUCUGUCCAAAAAAUACUCUUCUAAGAACCAGAGCCCUCGGGGCUUGUUUCCAUAUGGGGUCCCUGCCGCCGCCGCGGGGUGUCAGGCAGAGCGCAGCAGGCCCCCCAGUGCACUUUAUCGCCUAAGCAGUUUUGCUUGAUCUUUUGACUUUGAGCCUUUGAAGUAGUUUUCAGUAAUAAAAUUUUAAAUGUUUCAGAAUUAUGUUUUAUGUCAUAGACUUUGACUUAUUUAAAUGAAUAUGUGUGUGUAACAUUUUUUGUUGAAUCAUAUAAAACUUUCGAUUCGCAAACCAGACCUGUGUCUUGCGUCAUUUAACUACACCGCA